GAGUGGGCUCGGGGCGUCCGGCCGCGUCUCUUUAAGAACAGUACGUUGAGAAUCACGUGUGUCGUCGUAGGUGGAGAAGUUUUGACAGAAGUUUGGAAAAGCUGCAAUCUCUAACACAUUUAGUUAACUAUUAGCUAAAAAAAAGUCCACAAGUUAGUUGGGACCGAAAUCUUCGCCCAGAAAAUAUCGGUUUGCUUUCACGAAAGAACGGGAUUUAGUAGUUAGUAUUGCAGCAUAGACUACGGAGGCAAUGGAGGGAGUCGCUCAGAAAAUAACGUCUGGAUUCAAACUCGACCUCGGACCUUUGAAAGAGCCUUUGGGAUUUAUUCGAGUUCUUGAAUGGGUCUUCUCCAUAUUUGCGUUUGCCACAGCGGGGGGCUACUCUGGCUCCACCAGCAUUAACGUGCAGUGCCAGGGCAGCACCGCGCACCAGGAGGUCACGGCCUACUUCGCCUACCCUUUCAGGCUCCCUAGCUACCCGUACCAAGUCCCGAGCUGCAAGAACGACUCCAGUGCCAUGGUCGAUACCUUCCUCACCGGCGACUUCUCCUCUUCGGCCGAGUUCUUCGUGUGCAUCGGCGUCUUUGGCUUCCUGUACUGCACCGCCACGCUGGUGAUUUACCUGGGGUACCAAACCCUGUACUGCGAGAACAGCCGGGGCCCCAUCGCGGACCUGGCGCUGACCGGAGCCUUCGCCUUCCUGUGGUUGGUGUCGAGCUCUGCCUGGGGGAAGGGCCUGACGGAUGUGAAGUGGGCCACCAGCCCCUCCACCCUGGUGGGCCUGAUCGACACCUGCACCGCCAACAACUGCACCCCGGGGGCGGUCCCCUCCAUGGGCCGCCUCAACGCCUCCGUGAUUUUUGGAUUUCUGAACCUCAUCCUGUGGGGCGGAAACUGCUGGUUCAUUUACAAGGAGACCCCCUUCCACAAGCCUGCCAACCCCCCGGCAACAGCCGAGGAAGGUGCCCCUCAAUCCUAAUUGGACCACGCAAGCCCCUCCCCUCCUCUCAGGCCAAUCGAAGUGUCACAAGAGUCAAAUUAUGCGGAGUCUCGUUUUCCUCUGACCUUAUUUGGACGGAAGCAUCCAGAAGGGUAUUUACACAGUGCCUACAGUGACCAGGUUUACAUGCAGUCCAGCAGUCUGUCGUGAGCCAGAAUAUUCCCAGAAUUCUGAAUUUAAAAACGCUGCGUUAUUCAGAUUUAUUCUGAGAUGCAGUAUUCCGAUUAAUGCAGGACGGGGAGAUGGGGGCUCCCGUAUAUGACUGAAAAUGAUCAUAUUCAGAAUUCUUUGAGUAUUCAGACCGAGUGUCCUGUGGUGUGUGUGUGUGUGUGUAUGUGUUGUCAUCCCAACCAGCUCCAUACAAUUCUGUGUGAUGCAAGUAGCCAGCAAGCAAAAUUUUUGGAUAAUACUGUUUGGAAGGAUAGUAGAGAAAAAAAAAAAAAAAAAAAGAGAGAAGUUAAAAUUCUGAGUGGAUGAGGUGGCAGUAAAAUGGGUGAGCGGAGUGUGUCGUGAUCGAUGCAGUGCUGACAUGGGAGUGCUUGAAUGCAUCCUGAAUGCCAGUUGAGCAUCAUGACUGUCUGACUGACAUUUGAAUCAUUUGAAUCCCAAAUUGUACACAGCGAUAGCAAUUCAACGUCUGCCCUUCUGCGGUCUUAAACCCUUGGAAGGGAAGGAAUGUUUUUUUCAAAAACACCAAGCCAGUGUUCUAUUGUUGGUUUCAGUUACCAGUUGUAAUUGUUGGAUCAGCAUUAGAGUGUUCAGUUAACCCUUUCAGUCUCAAGAGUGCCAUAUGCCACUCUCGCCCUUAUGCCUUUUCAAACAGUCAAAAUGGCUGCUAAACUAUCGUUUUGAGCCCCUAUUAAAACCCUAAACUUGAGCUGAGACCCUAUUGGAGUUGGGUGGAGCCGCUUCAUAUUGGGCACGGGACUGAAAGGGUUAAGAAUACACCGGAAAGCCUGAGUUACCACGGCUGCAGGCCUGUGCUGAGAGCGCACGCCCUGACCUCCAUCCCCAACACGCAUGCCCUCGCCCUGACCUCCAUCCCCAACACGCAUGCCCUCGCCCUGACCUCCAUCCCCAACACGCAUGCCCUCGCCCUGACCUCCAUCCCCAACACGUAUGCGCUCGCCCUGACCUCCAUCCCCAACACGCAUGCGCUCGCCCUGACCUCCAUCCCCAACACG